CUUCUCUCCGACAGAUUGCCCAUAGGUAUACAGCAAGCCACAUCCAACAACAGGCCCCGAUAGGAAUCUUCCGCUGUUAGAGAGUAUCAGAUCGUCCAGCCCUCAUGCCUGACUCUUCCACCAUGUCCGUGUCAGAGAUCAGUGGAGAGCGGGUUGAGCCGUUGGCCGCAUCCGUGCUUGACUCUGGAUGACCCGUUGAUUGAGUUAUAAAUCUGGUUCUCCCCGGCUUCCAGAGUCUAUACACCAAAUCCGACAAAGUGCAUCAUGGGCGAGUCGCAUAUCGAGCAUAGUCCUUCUCUUCCCUUUGCCCAGCGCCCUAUUGUCAUUCUUGGGGCUGGCAUCAUCGGGUGUACCACUGCCCGGCAGUUGUUGUUGAACGGGUUUCCGGUGGUUUUGGUGGCGGAAUAUCUCCCAGGAGAUCAGAAUAUCUUCUAUGCUUCGGCUUGGGCUGGUGCAGCAUGGCAUGCGGCUGGGGGUAUCAAUCCGGAGCAGCGAUACUUCCAGGCUGUCACCCAUCGCCACUUGCUAAAGAUGGCCCAGGAGGAUCCGAAAUCGGGUGUUUGUAUAGUUGAUACAAGGGAGUUCCUCGAGCAGGCUCCACCGGAGAAUUCUUCGUUAUGGGGGCAGCAUGUUGUGUCUAAGUUCCGUCACCUCAAAAAGGAGGAAUUCCCCUCGCACUUUAACACCGGCUGGGCUUAUGAUACCCUCGUCACCGAUCCAACAUUACACAUGCCCUACCUUGGAAAGCAGAUCACUGAGCUUGGAGGGCAGUUCAUUCGCAAGAAGGUCAACUCCCUGGAAGACCUGUACCGAAUGUUCCCCGAGUCCAGCAUCUUCAUCAAUGCCAGUGGCAUUGGGAGUAAAGAACUGGAGGAUGUCAAGGACGACAAGUGCUUUCCGGAACGGGGUCAGAACGUCUUCUACAAGACUGACAAGUGCCAUAUGAUGUAUUUCCGGAAUGGCAAGCAAUAUACAUAUGUGAUUCCCCGUCCAAUGUCCCAGGGAGUUGUUCUUGGGGGUGUCAAACAGCAGGAUAAUCUCUCCCCCGAAGUCGACAUGGCAAUUGCCCAGGAUGAAAUCUCCCGCGCUCACAUCCUGGCACCCGAGAUUGUACCAGAGAAUCCCCCCCCAGACAGCAUCAGCCACAUUAUUGGCAUCCGUCCCUCGAGACAGGGCGGGUUUCGGUUAGACUGUGAAAAGGCCGGACAACGCACUGUUCUGUCUGCGUAUGGAUUUGGUGGUGGUGGAUAUGCAUUCUCGUAUGGAGUGGCUGAUGCUCUGUCCAAGAUGGUUGAGAGGGCUGAACGGGAGAAUGUGAUUCUGUGAUUUUUGUUUAUGAGGAGUUUGGAUGAGCGAUUACGAUACCAUAUUUUUCUAUUAUAUUACUCUACAAUAUUCCUUUAAUGAUUCGAGUAUAGUAUGUUAUGCCUCAGGCAGUGUUCUUAUCACCACAACCUCACCACUCCACGACUACAACC